AAGAACUGAAAAAGAGAAGAGAAAACGAAGCUAGGACUGAAGAAGAGAGGAGAGAAGGAAGGAUUUAAGUCAGGUUGCCAGCAUUCACCAUUUGUCUCUCCAACUAUCAGCAUCUCUCUCCUCCUCUUGACAACACCGAGGCAAUGGCAGCAACGAAGGGGCAGGUUAUCAAGUGCAAGGCGGCAGUAGCCUGGGAGAGCAACAAGCCCUUGACCCUUGAGGAUGUAGAGGUUGCUCCCCCUAAAGCCGGGGAAGUGCGCAUCAAGGUCCUGGCCACUGGAGUCUGCCACACUGAUGCCUACACACUGGACGGCCAUGACCCCGAGGGCUUGUUCCCCGUCAUCUUGGGCCACGAGGGGGGUGGCAUCGUGGAGAGUGUGGGGGAAGGCGUCACCUCAGUCAAGGAGGGUGACCAUGUGGUGCCACUCUACAUUCCACAGUGCUAUGACUGUAAGUUCUGUAAGUCACCCAAAACCAACCUCUGCAGCAAGAUCAGAGGCACCCAGGGCAAGGGAGUGAUGCCUGAUGGCACCUCACGCUUCACCUGCAAAGGCAAGCAGCUCUUCCACUUCAUGGGCUGCUCCACCUUUGCUCAGUACACGGUGGUGUGCGAGAUAUCAGUGGCAAAGGUGAAUGAGGCAGCUCCUCUAGACAAGGUGUGCCUGCUGGGCUGUGGCCUCAGCACUGGCUAUGGUGCAGCUCUUAACACAGCCAAGGUUGAGCCCGGAUCAACCUGUGCUGUGUUUGGGUUGGGUGCUGUAGGCCUGGCUGUGGCCAUGGGGUGUCGCCAAGCUGGGGCCAAACGCAUCAUUGGUAUUGACAUCAAUGCCAGUAAAUUUGAACCUGCCAAGGCAUUUGGGUGUACUGAGUUUGUCAACCCUAAGGAUCAUCAACGCCCCAUCCAGGAAGUGUUGGUGGAGCUGACCGAUGGUGGCUGUGACUACACCUUCGAGUGCAUUGGCAAUGUUGAGAUCAUGCGGGCAGCCCUGGAGGCUUGCCACAAAGGAUGGGGGGAAAGUGUCAUCAUCGGAGUUGCAGCUGCUGGAAAGGAGAUUUCCACACGGCCCUUCCAGCUGGUAACUGGCAGAGUUUGGAAGGGCUCAGCAUUUGGAGGAUGGAAGUCCCGGGACAGUGUGCCCAAGCUGGUCGAGGAUUACAUGAAUAAGAAGCUGAUGGUGGAUGAGUUUGUGACCUUCACCAAGCCCUUAGGGGAGAUCAAUGAGGCCUUCAAGCUGAUGCAUGAAGGGAAGUCCCUGCGCUCAGUCGUCAUGAUGGAGUGAUGGGUGGCUAUUGGUGCCAGUGAAUAAUACCUGCCUGUCUGAAGAAGGCCUCCAUGUUCCUUGAAGAAGCCAUAGUAUUUUUUUUUUUUUAUAUAUAUACCAAAGCUCAAUAGAUUUUUUACUGUAUUUUCUAAGAUUCACUGCAUGUUGUUUUUUUAUAUAUAUUUUUUUAGUUACUACAUAAAAUAACUGAUUUUCAGACAAAUUUGAAUGAAAUGGAUUGCAUGGUAAACUAGUGUUUCAGUUUUGAAAGUGAAUGUUCAAGUUAACAUUAAAUGAAUACUCUUCAAUUACUCAUUACAAUUCAUUAAGUUAAAACCGCUUUCCAGUUUGAUACUAUGGAGUUGCCAACAAUUUUGGUUCAAUAACUGCUCUAGAAAUAAAAGAAAUAAAUGGUUGCUGCCAAAA